CAAUUUCGUCCGCCUCUUCUCCUUCCUCUGGCAAGUUUUUCCUCUCUAAACCUUAUCUGGGGCGGCAACACUACACUGAAACAGUCAUGGCUUCCACUUCUCUGGUCUUCUCGUCUCCCACUCCCAAAACCAUAGCCGUCUCUAACACCCAAAACCCUUCCGCCACUCUCUUCUCCAUCGUCUCCCUAACUUCUUCUCCUGCUAAAUGUAGCAAUAAUAGGUCUACUACUUCGAUUUCCUUUUCAUUUCCCUAUAUUAAGUCUAAGAGGUACGAGAGCCUGUCGUCUUCUUCGUCUCGUUUCGUUUCUAAAGUAGCUGUUUCUUCUGAAUUCGAGCAAGAGGAGGUCGUAAAUGAAGAAACUGAACAGAAUUUCUCUCCUGCUUUGAAACUCUUCGUAGGUAACCUACCCUUCAGUGUCGACAGCGCUGAGCUCGCCGGACUGUUCGAAGGUGCCGGAAAUGUUGAGAUGGUUGAGGUUAUUUAUGAUAAGGUGACUGGAAGAAGCCGGGGUUUUGGGUUUGUGACAAUGUCUACGGUCGAGGAAGUCGAAGCUGCUGCUCAGCAGUUCAAUGGAUAUGAACUCGACGGAAGGCCAUUGAGAGUGAAUGCUGGACCUCCACCUCCUAAGGAAGGUGGUUCUUCAAGGGGACCCCGAGUUGGGGGAGGAUUUGAUUCGCAGAAUCGGGUUUAUGUUGGUAACCUAGCAUGGGGUGUUGAUGAUUUAGCUCUUGAAUCCCUGUUCAAUGAGCAAGGAAAGGUAAUGGAGGCCAAGGUUGUUUAUGACAGGGAAAGUGGUAGAUCAAGGGGUUUCGGGUUUGUAACCUACGGCUCUGCUGAGGAGGUCAACAAUGCAAUUUCAGCUCUCGAUGGUGUAGACUUGAAUGGCAGAUCGAUCCGAGUGACCGUGGCUGAAUCCAGGCCAAGGCGCCAAUUUUGAUUUGGGAUCUUUGCUACCUCUUUAAUCAAGAAAAGACUUUUGGUAUUGCAUCAUAACAGCUUGUGACUCUGUUUAUCAGAUGUGAUUUUCAUGCUUAUUCUUGAGACUUGAGUUGCUAUGCCCAAGCAUUUUAUUUAUCUUUCCUUUAUAUGAUUUAUUAUUAUGUAUAUUUUAGCAUUGUAGGCCCAACUAAUAUUUAACAAGUUAAUGGACUCCUGCAUAAAUAAUCUUUCAAAGGUGGUUCUAUUCA